CAACCAACAAAUUCUCUCUUCUAAAGCCCUGAGAGCAACAUAUUGAUAGAGAGUGAAAGAGAGAAUUAUUGGAUUGAUAGAGAGCGAAUAACAGAGAGAUCAUUCCCUCUCUCUGAAAGCUUUUGGAUUUUCAAGGAGGAUGACCGCAGUAUCCAAACAAUUAAAUUGACUGAGCACCUAUUCCUUCAGGCAAUGGAUUAUGAUUACCUGGCAAAUCAGGCCAAUGAAAAUUAUCUAUUGCUCAAGUGCUUGCCACACCAUUGCAUUACUUUUUGUCAUUUAUCAGAAGAGGCAAAGGAGCAGCAGACAGCAUAGCAGAAACCCAUUUCAAACAUCUGCCCAGCUACCUACUACUUCAAUAUUCUUUCUCUAGAGUAUAAACCCAUUAGCUUUAGGCUAUAGCUCAAAUCACUCCUACUCAAUUACCUCCUUCCUCACCAUUGUUUCUCUAGAGUUAUAUUCCAAACCCAGAAGAGCUGGAACAAGAACCUAAAGUUCAAUUCUUAUUACGAUACCGGUCACUAUUGUAGCAAAUAUUUUACAUGACCUUUGAAAACACAUUGUCUAGAUAUUUUUAACUUAUUUUUCAAUAAUCAUCUUUAGAUAUCUAGGUAAAAGAACUUAAUAAACUCUGCUAGGGAUCCAGGUGUUGCAUUUUACUAUAGUAAACUUAUGCCAAAUACUAUACUGUUUAGUUGGUAUUUUCUGGAUGGAAACUUGCUAGCAUGCUGAUCUUUUUUUGGCUGUUUUCAGUUUGGCUGUGAACACUGCUGGACUGAUCCUUUUCAAGCACAGUUGCUGCCCUGUUUUGGCAUAAGUCGAGUGCGGUAGAGCAAUAACCUAUCCUUUUUCCCGUGCAUCUGAAUAUCCAGGCAGCUGAAGAAGAAAGGCUGCAUGAGGCAUUUGAAAUGCAGGGGAGAUAGCUUCCAGCCAAACUGCACUCAGAAAAUUUUGAUUCCAAAUUAAGAAAUUUUAGAUAUAUCCUGGUUUUAGAUUUAUCCAAUUGAAAACAAGGAUCUGCCUAUUUUUCUGGGUUUUAUGGGGUCUUCACGGUUCUUCAAGAGGUUUAGCGGCCUCUACAAACCCAAUGCCAGAAUCCAACCAUACCCAUCUGCCUACGUCCCCACAAGAGCCCUAUCACACUCCAAGCUUUUCAGCAAUGGCGACAAUUCUGUGCUUCCGGUUCUCAUAGUCGGUGCAGGACCUGUGGGUCUCGUUCUUUCUAUACUCCUAACAAAGCUAGGGGUCAAAUGUGCGGUUUUGGAGAAAAGUACAAGUUUCUCCAGACAUCCACAGGCACACUUCAUUAACAAUCGGUCAAUGGAGGUAUUUCGCAAAUUGGAUGGCCUGGCAGAGGAGAUCCAGAGGUCUCAACCACCAGUUGAUUUGUGGAGAAAGUUUAUAUAUUGCACUUCGCUCUCUGGUUCCAUUCUUGGCUCAGUAGAUCAUAUGCAACCUCAAGAUUUUGAGCAAGUUGUCAGCCCGGUCUCUGUUGCACACUUCUCUCAGUACAAACUGAAUGCAUUACUACUUAAGCAGCUUGAAAAUCUCAGCUUCAAGUAUUGUACCCCUGAAGGGUUGAAAGGCCUUGACCAUGAACCCCUUGGGGCAAGGCAAAUAUUGAUGGGCCAUGAGUGUGUUUCCAUCAAUGCCAGUGAUGAUAUUAUUUCCGUGACUGCAUCUUUUCUCAAGGAUGGGAAACAUAUGGAGAGGAAUAUCAGAUGCAAUAUGAUUGUAGGCACAGAUGGUGCUGGAAGUACUGUACGUAAGCUGGCUGGUAUAGAUAUGAGAGGUGAAAAGGACUUGCAGAAGCUUGUGAGUGUCCAUUUCUUGAGCAGAGGCCUUGGAAAUUACUUGCUCAGUGAGAGACCUGGCAUGCUGUUUUUUAUCUUCAAUACUGAAGCUAUAGGGGUCCUUGUUGCACAUGAUCUCAAGCAAGGGGAAUUUGUAUUGCAGAUACCAUUUUAUCCACCCCAGCAAAACCUUGAAGAUUUCAGUGCCAAGACAUGUGAGAGGAUGAUCUUCAAAUUGGUAGGUCGAGAGCUUGGAGACAUAAAUGUGAUUGACAUAAAACCUUGGGUGAUGCAUGCUGAAGUUGCCGAGAAGUUUCUAAGUAGUCGAAACCGUGUGAUUCUUGCUGGUGAUGCUGCUCAUCGAUUCCCUCCUGCUGGUGGAUUUGGUAUGAAUACCGGAAUUCAGGAUUCUCAUAACCUUGCCUGGAAGAUAGCUUCUGUAGUAAAGGGUAUUGCACCACCUUCAAUACUUAAUACUUAUGAAACAGAACGUAGGCCGAUUGCCAUUUUCAAUACAACUCUUAGUAUUCAGAACUUCAAAGCAGCCAUGGCUGUUCCUGGUGCACUUGGUCUUGAUCCAACUAUUGCAAACUCGGUACAUCGAGUAAUAAAUAAGGGGGUUGGGUCCAUUUUACCAUCUGGACUACAGAGCGCCAUUUUGGAUGGAAUUUUCACCUUAGGUCGUGCACAGUUAUCAGAAACUCUUUUGAAUGAAAACAACCCACUUGGAGCUUUAAGGCUUGCUAAUCUGAGAUGCAUAUUUGAAGAAGGAAAGAGUCUCCAGCUCCAGUUCCCGGCAGAAGAUCUUGGUUUCAGGUACCUAGAAGGCGCACUUGUUCCUGACCGUGAUGGUGCACUGGGUGGCCCAGAUGGACCUACUGGUCGCCGGAGGGACUAUGUUCCUACUGCAGAUCCAGGUUCAAGGCUUCCUCACAUGAAUGUGAGGAUAUUGUCAAAUUCAUCGAGUAAGGCAACUAUUUCUACACUGGAUCUUUUAUCUGGAGACAAAAUUGAGUUUCUCCUUAUCAUAGCACCAAUAGAGCCAUCCUACCAUCUUGCUCAUGCUGCAUUGAAGGUGGCUGAGGAAUUCAAAGUUUCUGCAAGGGUGUGCGUGUUGUGGCCUGCUGGUAGUGCUAAAGGAGUUGAGGUAGGUAGUAAGGCAUCAUUGAAACCGUGGGAGAAUUACAUAGAUGUUAUGGAAGUUAAAAAGUCAUCAGAUGCUUCGUCAUGGUGGGACAUCUGUCAAAUGACUGAUAAAGGAGCCAUCCUAGUUCGGCCUGAUGAGCAUGUUGCUUGGCGUCUGAAGUCUGGAGUUGUUGGGGACCCUAUGAGGGAAAUGAGAAGGGCUUUUUCUGCUGCCCUAGGCUUGAAGUCACAUAUUAAAGACCAAGAAGCUGAUCAUUGACAGUUUGCAGCAUUCAUUACUUAUCCUUUCCUCUUUUUUUAUUUUAUAUUUAUUAUUAUUAUCAUUGUUGAAAUGAUGUUUCUUUGUUGUAAGGAGCUGUUAGAAAGUGGUAUCACUGAUCAAGGCUCGUUAUACAUUAACAAGAUAUUACCUGUUCAGAACUUGAGAUAACGCAAUGGCUCCCUCCUAAAGAAGAGUUUGGAAAGCCAAAAUCAAAGACAAAUCUAAAUAGUGAAUGCGUUGAAA